UAUUCCCUGAGCUUUUCUUCUUCAACUCUUCAAAUCACUCUCCUUCUUCACUCUCUCCAUUUUCUUUCUUUCUCAUUUUCCCGGAAAGUUCACUCAGAAAAUUUACAGACACUUUUGGAAGUUUUUAUAAGAAACAGAGGUAGUGGCGGUAUUCAGAAACAAACCUUUGUCUCUCUCUCUUUCCAUCAAAAUACAAAAUCGAUUCGAGCAUUUAUUCCUCUUUCUCUUUCUCUUAAAGCUGCUCUUAUAAACUUUUCUUUUCUAUCUCACACUCUCUAAUUUUUUCCCCCCAGAAAUUUUCCCUUUUCCCCUUUUUUUCCCCUUUUCCUUUUUUUUUUCUUUUCUUUUCUCCUUCAAUGAACGGUUCUGAGUUUCCCUCAUUCACUAUAGAUUUGUUUUUCGUUUACAUGUUCAUCUUUUUGUGGAAUUUUUCUUUUGGGUUAAGUCAAGCUUUUUGGUUCUGAUGAUUAUGAUAAACACAAACCAAGAAAACCCAUAAGUGGAGGGAGGUCACUGAUUAACUUUCCUUUCUCACCAUUUCAGCUUCUCUUUGACGUGUUCUUCCAUUUUACCUUUAACAUUCUCUUUAUUCUCCUCGUGUGCCUCUAGUCCUUUAAGGGAAUCUUCUUCUUUCUUUUUCCUUUUCUCCUCCCCCUUCUCUAUAUUUUACUCUCUGCCUCUACAUUUCGCUUUCAAUGGUAGCUCUCAGAAUCUGACACUGGAAAGAAAUUUUUUCUGCUCUGUUUUCUCUCUCUCUCUUUCAUGGAAGAAAUGGAUUUGUUCUCCACUCAUGUUGUACCUCCGAUCAAGUACACUGAACAUCGAAACCAAACUAGGCUGGUCUCUUCGCCAUUAAUGGGCCCUAAGGUUGUGAGGAUUUCUGUAACUGACGCUGAUGCUACUGACUCUUCCAGUGAUGAAGAGAAAGAAGAAUACGUCUGUCGGCGAGUUAGGAAAUUUGUUAACGAGAUUACAAUCGAGGCUUCCUCGACAGGGAAAAGUAGCCGCAAGAAAUCCACCGGCGGGAAAUCGAAGUUUGCGGCAGUUAAUCGUGGCUCAUUGAAGCAGAUGCCGGCUGGAAGUAGAAAAUUCCGAGGUGUACGGCAACGGCCGUGGGGAAAAUGGGCGGCAGAGAUUAGAGAUCCUUCUCGACGUGUACGGGUCUGGUUGGGCACCUACAAUACGGCAGAAGAAGCGGCUAUGGUCUACGAUAACGCUGCCAUUCAACUCCGUGGUCCAACCGCCCUAACUAAUUUCACUCCACCGCCGGUGAAGUCCUCGCCGGAAACCACCCCAGCGGUCAGCUCUGGCUAUGUUUCCACCGAGGAGUCCAACGACAAUCUCUCCUCUCCAACUUCCGUUCUCCGUUGCCCGUCCCCGUCGGCAAACGACGCCGUAUCCGAAAAAGCAUCAGCAACAACCGGAAAAGAAAUCCGCGGAGAGGAGUCGGAGAAAUUUUCGGAUUUCUCGUUCCAUUCGAAUUGUGAUACGUUUUUCCCCAAUGAUAUCUUCGACUUCCAAGCGCCGGUUCCGUCUCCGUUCGAGGACAAGUUAUUGAACGACGCCCUUUUGAAAGGCGACUACGGGAGCAGUAUGUUCAUUAACCCCGGCGAUGAUUUCGAGUUCGGGUUCGGGUUCGGAUUAUCCACGUGGCAUACCGUUGAAGAUUCCUUCUUAGACUUUAGCGACAUAUUCGGGUCGGACCCUCUUCUUGCGCUUUGAGAUUUUUUUUUCUUUUUUCUUUUUAAUUUUCAAUAGGCUGAAUUUUCGGCAAUUUUGUGAGUGUCAGAUUUUUCUUUUUUUCUUUUUUUAAAUGUUUUAUUUUAUUUUUCUCACUCGUAAAUUUUGGGUUUGUAAUUUGUUAUGUAUCAAAAAUGGAAUGGUCUCUUCCGUCACAGUAACGGUGAUGGGAAAAUUUUGUGUACGUGUUCUUUUUUGUAAGCUCUUUUCACGUGA